CUGAUAGAGAAAAAUAAAAUUGGAAACAACUGGGCUAAAGGUCACUACACUGAAGGUGCUGAACUAGUGGACACUGUCCUAGAUGUUGUGAGGAAAGAAUCAGAAAGUUGUGAUUGUCUCCAGGGUUUCCAGUUGGCUCACUCUCUAGGAGGAGGUACUGGAUCUGGAAUGGGAACCCUACUGAUUUCUAAGAUUCGUGAAGAAUAUCCAGACAGGAUUAUGAACACUUUCAGUGUUAUGCCAUCACCAAAGGUGUCUGACACAGUUGUGGAACCCUACAAUGCUACCCUUUCUAUUCAUCAACUUGUAGAAAACACAGAUGAAACUUAUUGCAUCGAUAACGAGGCUCUAUAUGACAUUUGUUUCCGUACCCUCAAACUGACCACUCCAACUUACGGUGACCUAAACCAUCUCGUGUCUGUUACGAUGUCUGGAGUCACUACUUGCCUAAGGUUUCCUGGCCAACUGAAUGCUGACCUUAGAAAACUUGCUGUCAACAUGGUUCCUUUCCCUCGAUUACAUUUCUUUAUGCCAGGUUUUGCACCACUUACAUCCAGAGGGAGCCAGCAGUACAGGGCACUUUCUGUACCCGAACUGACCCAACAGAUGUUUGAUGCCAAGAACAUGAUGACAGCUUGUGAUCCUCGCCAUGGCCGCUAUCUAACAGUUGCAACAAUCUUCCGUGGACGCAUGAGCAUGAAAGAGGUUGAUGAGCAGAUGUUGAAUGUCCAAAACAAGAACAGUAGCUACUUUGUUGAAUGGAUCCCCAAUAACGUCAAGACAGCCGUGUGUGACAUUCCUCCACGAGGGCUGAAGAUGAGUGCUACUUUCAUUGGAAAUAGCACUGCUAUCCAGGAAAUCUUCAAGAGGAUCUCAGAACAAUUUACUGCUAUGUUUCGACGAAAGGCUUUCUUACAUUGGUACACCGGUGAAGGAAUGGACGAAAUGGAAUUUACUGAGGCAGAAUCCAACAUGAAUGAUCUGGUGUCUGAGUACCAGCAGUACCAGGAAGCCACUGCUGAGGAUGAUGGGGAAUUUGAUGAAGAAGAGCCUUUUGAUGAAGCUUAAGAAUUAGAUGCUUUCCUAGACUAAUUUUUUAUGUUUCCUACGUUCAGUAGUUGAAAAGUGACAUGAUUGUUUCCUAAUACAAAUCAAGUGAGAUUGUAUUACUUAUGAACUUGUAUCCAGACUUCACUUCCUAUAAGAAAAGAUAUUUCAAAGAUU